UGGUUCGCUAUGCAACUCAUCGAUUGACUACCUACUGAGCGACUGGCUACCUCGCAGGAAACAUUAUAUCACCUCUCCACAAAGCACGCCUUAAGACUUUAGCUCCAUUUAUUGGCCGUGUUUUAAAGAUGGUCGUUCCUUAAAACUAUCGGUCUUAAGAGAAGUAUAAAUGGUCUUUUCUGUACAAAGUAUUGCAUUAUCGGUUGCAGCUUCAUUUGUCACUUUCGAUGAAAGGGACAAUGGCUAACAUACAGGCAGAUGUGACGACAAUCGAAAACGAGACGCUUCCGCAAAACCUCACAAGCCAUCUUAAGUCCGACGCCUGUAUGGUUGGGUUAGAAUUAUUUUUGGUUCCUGUGAUAGCGGUUUUCGGAAUAACCGGAAAUGCCUUUUCUUUGGCUUUAUUUUCUACAAAGCCUCUGAAUGAACAUACAUCGAGUUUCCUUUUGGGAUGCAGGAGCUUGUCGGACAUAGGCUUCCUUUCAGUGCUUCUCUUCGUAUGGGCGUCUGGAGUGUUCAACCUUCAUCUCAGUCAGAUUGACCUAGUUUGCCAAACUGUUGUUUACUUGACCUACGUCUUUUCAUGCUUGUCAGCAUGGCUUGUUGUAUUGUUCGCAUUGGAAAACUGCAUCAUGCUCACCACACCGUUCAGUGCGAAAAAGAUAUGCAAGAUAGGGAAUGCAAAAGGUAUAACUUCUUGCAUGACCAUUGCGAUUGUAUUGUGCUACUCUUUCCCGUUUUGGACCGUUGGGCGGAACUGCGUACCAAAAGACAACUAUCAAGGCCUUGUUACGAGACUGGUUUACGUGGAUUCCGCAUUAACAAUGUUCGUACCGUUUGCAAUAAUGACAUUCGCUUUAAUUGGCAUGUUAAUAUCGUUCAUUAAAUCAUGUGAGCGUCGCCGAAGACGCACUUUUUCUUCAACGACAAGCAAAAAUCCUAUAAGGCAUGCAAUAAUCAUGAUCUUUAUGUCGACUCUGACAUUUGUUCUUCUCACCCUCCCGUCUAACGUCUCACGUAUUCGUUUAUUAUAUUUUCUUAAAAUGGACGGAGCCCAGAUUUUUGGAACGAAACCUGUUUUUCAGGCUAUUUCGGAAUUGACAUACUACCUGUCACUUGCUAUUAAUUUCGUUAUUUAUUAUGCAUUCGGACGUAGGUUCAGGGCCAGUUUUAACGAAAACGUUUUACGGAAAAGGACCAGGAGACAUAACAAUACAGCUCGGAGGACAAAUUGCAUAUCUCAUGCGUUUCUUCGGGAAACAACUUCAGUGUAAUAUAAUGCCAAGUAAGCGAAAGACUGUUAGGUUCAUUUUUGUAACGAUGAAUGUUGACACUCAAACUAAGGAACAAGAAAAAUUUAAGGAGCCAGUAUAUACUACCAAUUUAUUUUGAUUUGUUUUCUUGUUGAAUUAACAAAUAGUUUUUGUCUAUAGACAUACAUAAUAGUUUAUUAACGACUCACCUUUGUACAUAAAAGCACAGUUAAACAGUACACAAUGAUUAUAUAUAUGUACAAAACCACUCUAAAAGAAGUACGCGAGAGACGAUGGAUCUAAAAAUUCUAAACGUGUUCAACGAUUUUAUACAUCAUACAAACUUUCACAUCUGUAAGAAAUAUAUAAAAUGUCAUUGAAUUAAUUCGAUUUAAAAUGUGUUUUUUGUAAAUAAAAAAUAUAUAAACACACAUAUACACAAGACAAUACAAUUUGUACAUUAUGAACAGUUGUGCAGUUUUAAACUACAAGUUCUAUUAAUGCUCUUUGAUACACGAUUACCAAGUGCACACAUUAAAAGGAUAAUAUAAAC